AUGACCGAGUAUGACAAUACUCAGCUCCUGCAGGGCCUCAUGGACCUUAUUAAGACCGACCCGCAAGAGGAGGUGCCCGAGCAGCUGUCGCGGCCGAACCCGGGCGCGAUCGGUCCAGGCGGACUGCUCCCUGGCGUCAAGGUCGCGAAACCGAAGGAAGACCCAAAAGCAAUCUGGGACCCGGAGGAGGUGCCCGAGGUGCUCGAGGACGACAUCGACGACGGCAGGGAACAGCCAGAAUACGACAUCAUCUACCGGCAAGCCGUCGGCACCGAGGACGCUUACCUCGGGAUGAGUGGGAAGACGCCGUCGUCGACGAACUGCGAACAGCUCUCUGUCGAAGUGCGGAUGCCACUCGCGACCGGCAUCGGUGAAAUCGACCUCGACGUGCAGGAGACGUACCUUCGCGUGGCGAGCCCGGCGUACAAGCUCGGGGUGUAUUUGCCGCACCGCGUCAACAGUGACAAGGGCACAGCGAAGUGGGACGCGGGCAAAAAGGUGCUGCUCGUGCACCUGCCGAUUCGAAGGGACGAGUUCGGCAUGGCGCUGUCGUGA